AAUAAAUGUCAAAUGACAAAAACAAAAUGGCCUAUGCGGUACAGCUUGUUUUGUUUGUGUACAACACAUUUAAUAACGCGAUUCAUUAAUUAAAACAAAUGAAAAAUAAGUAGAAUUAUACUUAAAUAAAAAAUUUAGAAUAUCUUCCCCUCAAUUUAAUAUAAACGUAAUAAUCAUGUUGGCGGUUUUACUUUUAAACCGCAUGAAUAUAAUGGCGAAUAGACAUCGCACAAAACGUCGGGAAAAACUUGAGAAUUCUUGUAAAUUAGCCUCUGAGGCCAAUGAGGACGGUUACUGCAGAACGUGUCUCGGUACCGAGGAUCUAUCGCCGAUAUUUAACGAGAAACAAACCGAGGAGAAACGUACGCGCGAACUAAAAGUUACAACUGGUUUACAGAUUAAGAAAAAUGAUGGUCUAUCACAGAGGAUAUGUUCUGGUUGUUUGGACUCAUUGAACCAAGCAUUGAAGUUCAGAAGGAAAAGUAAAAAAACAGAGAAAACGUUACUAAAUAGGAUAUCAGGGAAUAAAACAAAAAAGAAAUACACUAAAAUAUCUAAAGCCUUAAAGAGACCCAAGAUUAAGAAACUAGAUGAGGACAUCCCAGACUACGAGUACAGUGCCUUCGAAGACAGUUUCCAAGAUGAACAAGACUACAAGCAGGAUGACCAGAACUUUGUCGAUAUUAAAGAGGAAAAGAUUGAGAUCAAGCCGAAGGUGUCGCGCGCGCGUCGGCCGCGCCCCGCGUGUCCCGCCCAGGCCUCGUACAAGUGCCCGACCUGCAGCAAGGAGUUCCGCAUGAAGGCCACCUACAAGGCCCACAUGCGGUUCCACACUAACUACUGUGUGUGCGAGUCGUGCGGCAAGAGAUGCCGCAACAACAACCAGCUGCAGGAGCACAAGCGCGCGCGGCACGGGCUCGGCCGGAUCCACAAGUGUGCGUACUGCGAGUACAGCUCGGCCACUAAGGAGGCGCUCACAAUCCACGAGCGGCGCCACACCGGCGAGCGUCCGUACGUGUGCGACCACUGCGGCGCCACCUUCCACCGCCGCUCCAACCUCGUGCAGCACAUCGCCAUCCACCUGCCCGAGAAGAACUUCCAGUGUCCGGUUUGUCAGAAAAUGGAGAAAUCUAAGAAACGCCUCCAGAUCCACGUCUCAAAGAGACACCGCCCCCGGCCCACGUACAGGUACAUGUGCCCUAUGUGUUCGAAGAACUACCAGCAGACGGAUCACGUCAGGAGACACAUGGCGCGCUGCCACGGCGUCGCCAGGGACCAGCAGGGACAGAUUCAGAAACUGCCAAUAGAAUCGAUUAGUAAUCUGACAACACUGAAACACUAGUUUUGUAGCGACAUCUAUCUGUGAUAUGAAGAAGCCGGGCAAAGGAAUCUCCCGUUUUAUAUGCGACUUAUCACCAUUACUGCGGGGUGACGACGUGUUCACGCCUCCAGUGCAGCAAAGAGAACGCGUUAGCCUACAAUUUCUUCCCCAUUACGUUUCAAGACUAUUUUUUCAAAAACCAAUUCACUCGUAAAUCCGGCUCGAAGGAUCAAACUUUAAAAGCAGCUCUUAAAAGUGGCGAGUGUGAUAUAUGUGUGUGUUUAAGAGACAUUAUUAUAUCCAUUUUACCUACAUAAACAUUACUUUUACAGUCAUUAGUUGCAUCUGUGAUGUUAAUAGUUAUAAUAUAUGUUAAUGCACAUUCAUAUUGGAAGAAGCAUAAAACAGUUCACAUAACCGAGUGAGGUUUCCCGCUAAAAAGUCGCUUGUUUCUGAGCUGCAAUAUUACUAUCGUUCGGUUUUUUAAAACCUUGUACAUCUAACUUAGAAUAGUUUAGCAAUCUAACCAGUAGUAAGUUAUGUAAUAAAACAGUAUUGUUAAAUAUAAAUUGUAAAUUAGUUUUUGUAAAUAUAGUAAGAAAUAAAGAUGAAGGAAUUUUUAAA